CCAAUUAAUAUAAUUGCCAUUUAAUUGACAAGACUGUGAUGUAGGACUGGUUUGUAACGCAGAUGUAUUUCAAAACGUCAGUUGAGUAAAGAAAUGAAUGGAAUUCAACUGAAACCAAUUAUGCCGCGCUAUAAGAAAACUGAUUUCUACGACGAGGAGGCCUCCGAUGUGAGCAACUUUCCCACAGACAUCACUAUCACAGGUAUUGGUAAUCCAAACCUGUCGGCCAGUGGACAACAAUUAGCCACAGAAACUCAGGAACAAAUCCCACAAAAAUUUUCCAACUCUCCGGGCGUUUCAUUUUUGAGUCCAGUCAACGCCACCCAUAAAAGACUCGCCAAAAGAGGCUUUUGGGACCGUUCCUCGCCUUUUGAAAAAUUAUUAUUAAUUGUUAUCGCAUUUCUCAGUUGUGUUAUCAUUAUAUUAAUAUCUGUAUUGACCGCUCAGUCCAAUACAACCUUUCAGGUGCACGUCAGCACUCAAAAUAAAUCCCAGUACUGUUUAACCCCGUCGUGUAUAACAGUCGCCAGCGCUAUCAUUAAUGCCAUUGAUUUGAAAGCUGAUCCGUGCGAUGACUUUUAUCAAUACGCGUGCGGGGGUUGGGUUCGGGACAACCCAUUACCCGAUGGAAAGUCUAUUUGGGGAACAUUUGGUAAAUUAUGGCAAGAAAACCAAUUGGUCAUGAAAAAUGUCUUAGAAGAUACCAAAUCUAACUCACAAACAAAUAAUGCCGAAACAAAGGCUCGGAUAUACUAUCACUCGUGUGUCGAUAAAAACGAAACGAUGGAAAAAUUAGGACCAAAACCAAUGCAAGAUUUCCUUAAACAAAUUAAUGGAUGGAAUAUUAGCGGAGAUUUUAACGCAAAAGACUGGGAUUUCCAGAAAUCACUGGAGAUAUUGCAUAACGAAUAUAAUAGGGGCGGACUUUUUUCAUGGGCUGUCGGCGCCGAUGAGAAGAAUUCCACUCAAAAUAUCAUACAAAUAGAUCAAAGCGGACUCGGAUUGCCCUCAAGAGACUACUAUAUUAAUAAGACAACAAACGAUGAAGUCUUAAAGGCUUACUUGAAUUUUAUGAUAAGAGUUGGAGUACUUCUCGGCGGAGAAGAGAACUCAACCAGAGAUCAAAUGAAAAACGUUUUGGAGUUUGAGAAGAGAUUGGCUCAGGUAUACAAU